ACAGUAAAGAACAUAUCUUUCAUCGGAUCGUGUCGAAUACGCUCUCGAAGAAGGAAAUUAGAAGAAGAAGAAGAAGAAAGGAAGGAAGAAGAUCCAUCUCUUUGAUAAAGAAGUAAAAUUAGAACGAAUUUUUUUUUUAAAUUCGUUAUGGAGGAUACGGGAAGUAACAUAGGCGGUGGUGGAACGGUAAUUGAUAAUAUAAAUGAAACAACGACAACAGCGACACCAGCGGCAACGACGGUAAAACCAACAGCUACGAAGAAGGUGGCAAAACCUAAAGCCAAAGCACAAAGGCCGAAAUCAACGCAUCCACCGACCUCCGAAAUGGUAACAGCCGCCAUUAAAGAUUUGAAGGAUCGCAAGGGUUCGUCCCUACAAGCGAUCAAGAAAUACGUUAUUGCUACGUAUAAGGUUGAUGGUGAUAAGGUAACACCAUUUAUAAAGAAAUAUUUGAAGAAUGCAGUAUCGAGUGGUACAGUUGUACAAACCAAGGGAAAGGGUGCAUCUGGAUCGUUUAAACUUUCAAACGUUAAAACUACUGCUGGAGGUGGUGUUGGUACUACUGGUGCUGCUGGUGGUGGAGGUGGCGUUAAGGCCAAGGCACAACAACAACGUCGUCUUACAAAAGAAAAGAAAAUAACCAAUGAUAAAUUUGUUGAAAAGAAAACUGUUGCGGCACGCAAAGCAGCUGCAACGAGUACUGCCAAGAAAACUAAAACAACGCCGACCAAGAAAAACGAAUCCGUUAAAAAGUCUACCACCGAUCAACAAAAGAAAUCGAAAGUUACUUCUAGAGCUGCUGCCGCCGCUGCUUCGGCCGCUGCCGCCACCGCAGCAGCUGCUAAUCUUAACGCUGCCGAAAAGAAGUCAACGAAAAAACAGGCACAACCAAAAAUCGUAUGGAAAGCUAAGAAAACCGCUAAGGCACCCGCCGCCAAAACUAAAACACCAAAACCGAAGAAAACUACUACAACCGCUAAGGCCGUUGCUAAGAAAUAAUUAAUUUCUUUAUCGAAAGAAAUAUAUAUAUAUAUAUAUAUGUAUAUAUACGUCUAUACAAAAUGGCCCUUUUCAGGGCCACAAAUUUUUUUUCUCAUCGAUGGAACGAUAUCGAUUCUUUUUUUUUUAUAUGUAUAUAUAUUUAAGUAUAUGUUUAUCCCAUCCUCUUGUUAACAAAAAAUUUUAUUUUUUUUUCUUUUUUUUUUUCAUUGAUCGAUUAAUACAUUGUGAAAGAUUUUUGAUAAAUAAUAUUCCAUUUAAUUUAUACACGAAUACUACAGUAUAAUAUUGUAAUUGAAUGAUUGAAUAUGAAUUUAUUUUUUUAUUAUUAGUAAUUUUAUUUAGUAAUUCUUUUGGUAAUUUAUUUUUUUAGUAAGUCCUCUCCAAUAAAAUGACACAAUAUUUUUCAAUUUUAUAAUUUAUAAUUAUGAUAAAAAAAAAUACAACAAAAAAAUACAAAAAAAAAAUACAAAAAAAGAAAUAAUUACGCGACUCUCGAGAACUCGCAAUUCAUAUUAUAGUCCCGUAAACUCGACUGAAUAGAUUUCUUCUUCUCUCUCUUGUUUCUUAAACGUUUAGCUGCCUUUAACAAUAACUAUUCUAUAAAGCGUUUUAGUUAGAAUGUCCUUGAAAAGAAUGAGAAUCUAAUUGGUCGAAAACGGUCGGCCAAUACCCCACUCCUGCUUGAAAGUAAUUUUAAUAUUACACACGUAUUUUUUUACCACCUAUUAUAUUGAUGCAACACGUAUUGUUUUGAUAUGUAAAAAGGAAAGAGAGAGAGAGAGAGAGAGAGACGAGUAAAAAAAGUGAGUAGAAUAGAAUGAUGAAUUCUAUUCUCAAAAACAUCUAAUAUUUUUUUCAUCUACAAUUGACCAUGAAAUAUAUAAUACAUUAAUUUUACCGGCGAAGUUAUUAAAAAAAUUUCAAAUAAAUUCCAAAUUAAGGGAAAGAAUACAUAUGUGGUUAUAUUUUAAAAAAAAAAAAAAAAAAAAAAAAAAAAAUAAAUAAAUGAAAAAAAUAAGUCAAACAAAACAUAGAUCAAGAAAACAACAAAGGAUCAUCGUAUCUUCUUAAACGAAGGACGCGUAUGAUGAUCAUCAUGUACGAAUUUUGAUGAUUUAUUUAUUAUAACCGUAUCAUGAAUCUCGAUUAAAAAAAGAAACGAAUUGAUCGCGCUCCCAUGACGCUAUCAAAUGAUUCGAUUGUCUUAUCAAUGGAUAUGCAACAAUGGCUGCCAGUCGAUGUGUUUAAUCGUUCGAGAAAACAAACGACAUACGUAUAACGAUGUUAUAGAGAUUUUGAGGUUAUGUAUAUAUGUACAUAGUAAAACUAUGUACAUACAGUACGUUGGACUUUUUGUCAAUAACAUUUAGAUAUUACGUUUGUAUAAUUUG